AUGCCUCCUACUCAUAAGGGAGGCCUGUCUGUGGCCGUUCAAAGGCUUCAGCAAGAUUAUUUGAGACUUGUUCGUGAUCCCGUGCCCUUUGUAAUCGCCCAUCCCCUUCACACGAAUAUUUUUGAGUGGCAUUAUCUGGUAUGCGGACCCCCUGAUUCCCCUUAUCAUGGUGGAUUCUACCAUGGAAAGCUGAUUUUCCCUAGAGAAUACCCGUUCCGACCACCUUCUAUAUACAUGAUUACCCCGAACGGUCGGUUUGCGUGUAAUACAAGACUUUGUCUUUCCAUAAGCGAUUUUCAUCCCGAUACGUGGAACCCGGCCUGGUCAGUUUCAACAAUUCUGACAGGUCUUCUCAGUUUCAUGCUUGAAGACACUCCAACUAUGGGUAGCAUAGCAACCUCCACUUAUGAGAAACACAUCAUGGCCAGGGAUAGUGCCGAAUUUAAUCUCAAGGAUGAAGUCUUUGUGGAACUGUUUCCUGAUGUUGUGAGGGAAAUAAAGGCGAAACAAUUGCUUACCCAAGCCAGUGCAAAUUCCCAUUUAUCAUCUUCUCGAGGCGGCAUUCCUGCGGUUGCAGAUGUAGGCAACUUCAUCAAUUCUCAACGUGGAACUGGCGGUGGUAGAGGCGGCCAGCUGCCUUUUGUAGCCGUGUUCAUCCUUUUUGGCAUCUUUGCGAUCUCCGUCAAGGUGGUAAUGGAGUUCCUUGGUGAUUCUGUCGGAUAA